UCUAAGUUUGCCACUUAUUUCAAGCUAAGUAGCUCAAUGGAAUCAAAUAUACAGGACGAACGGAUCUAUUCCGUUAAAGUUAUUUGCGGUGUCUGUAAAUAUAAAGCUGACGAUCUCAGUAAUCUUCAAUCACACAUUCAGUCUCAUGCAAGAGGAGAUAAUUUCCUGUACUAUCACACCACUAAAACUGCAUUUCCAUUUUUUGAGCCAUCUUCAAAAGAAACUCAGACUUAUCCUGAAGAGUGUCACUUUCAAAUGAACUUAUCAAACCAGUACAUUCCAAAAGCUGAAAUUGAUAACACAACUGAAAUUGGUUGUAUGGAAAUCAAAGAGGAAGUAAUUAAUGAUUAUUUGGCAGACACUGACGUGGAAGUUAUUGCCGAUGUUGUUGAUCAAACUGAUGAACUUAAUCUGAAGUAUUUGGCAGACAUUGAACACAGUGACACAAAACGACCUCAGAUUAGUGAAAAACUGAACAAACGUAGAAAUAAAAACAGGGUAAAAAAACCUAAAACAGAACUCGGUAAGUUGUCAAAGAAAAAAGACGGUCCAAAAACGUCAGUCAGACGAAAUGUUGAUAGAAAGAAGAAGAAGGUGAAGUCAUUGGAUGACAAAGAUGAAGUCAGUGGAAAAUCAGCAAAAUCUUUGGAGAAUGACAAAAAGCCCGAUAUGACUAAUGCUGGAAAAUCAAAACAAUUUUCGAAAUAUGAGAAACCAAUUAAUAAUAAAAAUGGACCAGAGCCAAAGCAGAUACAAUAUAAAGAAGAUCCAAUUUCUUUUGAGGAAUAUUCUUUCUGCUGUCCCCAUUGUCCGGAACAAUAUACGUUUAUAAACUCAGUGUUUUGCCACAUUGAAACUGGCCAUUCAGGCAAAUAUCCUUUAGUUUGUAAAAAAUGCUUCUGUCCAUCCUUUUCCGAAGAUGUCCUUGCGAUACAUGUAGCUGAAUGUGAUUACCCACGCCAUAGGACACAUGUCUGUGCAUUUUGUGAGGAUAUUAGGUGCUUUGUUGUAAAAAGCAGAUUGCAAGACCAUCUGGAUUCCGAACAUAGUGGAAAGGCGCCAUAUGCGUGUGAAGUUUGUAAUAAAGCAAUGGUUUCUGAACUCGACAAGUAUACUCACAUGACAGAACAUGAUCGUCGCUUAUUAAAGUGUUCAAACUGCCCACAAAGUGGAAGAUACUUUGCGUCUUGGGUCCAUUUAGACGCGCACUAUUUGACGAAACAUUCCUUACGUCCGUGGCAGUGUCCAUUAUGUCUCUAUCAGUUUUCUGAUCGUACAAGGACUGGUUUUCUGGCACAUCUGAAGGUUCACUACCAAUGCGAUGAAUAUGUAUGUGAAGAUUGCGGAGCCAAAUAUUUUAUGUUAAGAAGCGUUCUUGAUCACCAAUUGGUUUGUAAAGCAAAGCAUGGUAGCCAAGCACCAGGAAUACAAAAAACUAAGAAGACUUAUUUGUGCGAAAAAUGCUCAGCAGCGUUUUCAUACAACAAAAACUUUAGAGCGCAUAUGAGCAGAGAACAUGGCAUAGGAAAGGCUUUUCCAUGCAAAGUAUGUGGAAAAAUGUUUUAUAAACGUCAGUCGAUGGUUAAGCAUGAGCGUACUCAUGCUGGUCAUAGACCACAUGUAUGUCAAACAUGUGGAAAGGCAUUUUCGACUUCAUGGAAUCUCAAAACACACAUGAGGUCCCACACAGGUGAAAAGCCAUACUCAUGUAUGAAAUGUGGAAUGAAAUAUGCUCACAAUUUUAUAAGGAAAGCUCACGAAGAAAAGUGCAAGGGCAACAUUUACUCAACUUAUAGCCUCCCAUAUAAUGCAAGCUCUGAACAUGGGGAAGGUAUCGAUAUGGAAAAACGCAAGAUUGAAGAUUCAUGAUUGUAAAUGGUCCGCAUAUGAAAUCUGAAUCUUACAAUGAAAAAGUGUUUGUCUAUAUGUGUUAUUCAGUCUGGACCCUGAGAAACAAUCUAUAAGUGAUAUGAACUUUAAAACGAAAUCUGUCGUAUCAGACUGACUUUUAAGCCAUUUUCUGUUACAGUCCUUGUAUACCGGAAGUUUGUUCUGCAUAUCUUUUGGAAAAAUAUAUUGAUAUGUUGUAUUCUGUUUCUCUGCUGAGGUUCUUUCAUUUGUUUGCUUUUAUGUAAAGAUAAUGCUUACAAUUUUGAAAGCAAACAUUUUAAUUGAACUAUGUAACAAUUACACAUACGUGUUUGAUUCUGAAUAUUAAAUUAGGUACAUUGAAUUUUGAAUGAAUAUUCUUGUUUGCUACACAUAUGCAAGUACACAUGUAUUUCUAAAAACAAAUAAAUGAAAGUUUAAUUGUUGUCAUAUCCGCUUGC